GGUAAUUUUAACAUCACGAAGUAGGAAAAUGCGUAUGCGCCGUGUAGAAUAGCAACUCGCUCUCUUUAUCUUAAGAUGUUCAUCAUAUAGUAUAUCCGUCAUAGUUGGGGCCCGAGUCUCACGCUGCGCGAAAGCGGAUGCGAGAGCGCGGAAUGACGCAUACGUCACGGUACAGUAAGGCCAUGUGUCUAUUCCUACUGCAAGUCUCUUGCUUGAUUGCGCUUCCGAGACUAGACAGUAGCAGCGGCGCGGAAUGCCUCAUAGUAGGCAGUUGUUACGUUAGUGAUCUGUUGAUACAGCAUUCGCCCGACGCCGCAGAAAUUCUAAAUGGAGGAGGAAUAAGCUUUAAGGCCCCGGCUAUCUACUCCUUUUCGACCAGAAGUCAUCAUUGUAUUGUUCUGCCGUUCCUGUGUAAUAAGCCAGAAUUGUUAGAUCUUCAAAUUUGAAGAUGUCGACAAUUGCCGAAUCCUGCCGUCAAAAAUCGAGACCUUGAUAUCAUUGGUGAUACAUCGCCGCUCAGCAAGAGACGUCGAUCGUCCAACAUCAGACUUGGCAAACGACUAUGACAUCGUGGAUCAGAACCUGGUUCCUAUACCUACAAAAUAUCCUUGGAGGAUAUAGCUCUCUUGGGUCAACCAAUGGAGAAUGCAAAGCGGCAUGAAAUCGAGACGAUACCAAGAGAAAACUCAUAUACGGGAAUACACACUAAUUAUCCCUCCGAUAACAUGCAGCGCCUUGUGUGUUGGCGCAGUUUCAAAGAGGCCGAUAUACCAAGAGACCAAAAACCGGGUUGGUCAGAAUUGAUACUCUGGGCUCUCCAUGGUGUAGUAGAGCAACUAUAUCUGUUUUACAUCUUUGAUAUACUUGGCCCUUAGCUGUAUAUUGGCUAUAUAGGCUAAUAUUCAAGGCUCCGGAAUAGACUAC